AACCCGCCUCUUCUCUCUCUCACCUCCAAAGAUUCUCUCUCCCCUUUAAAUUGUCGCCGGAAACGAACCGACGAACUGAGAUUCAAAUCUCAACUUUUUCGGCGGCGAUGUUAGGACGAGAUGAAGAUCUGGUCCGAACAAUGAGCGGGAGAGGAAGUUUAGCGUCCUCAAGUCACCGGAGUUUAGCCGGAGCUGCUUCAAAAAGCUUCAGAGAUGUGUUCGCUCCCCCAACGGACGACGUGUUCGGUGGGAGCGAACGAAGAGAAGAAGAUGACGUGGAGCUCCGGUGGGCGGCGCUUGAGAGGUUACCGACUUACGAUCGGUUACGAAAAGGUAUGUUGCCGCAAACGACGGUCAACGGGAAGAUUGGACUUGAAGAAGUUGACCUCACGAAUCUUGCACCUAAAGAGAAGAAACAUCUUAUGGAAAUGAUUUUGAAAUUCGUUGAAGAAGAUAACGAAAAGUUUCUACGGAGAUUGAGAGAAAGAACUGACAGAGUAGGAAUCGAAGUUCCGAAAAUAGAAGUAAGAUAUGAGAAUAUUUCAGUGGAAGGAGAUGUUCGUAGUGCAAGCAGAGCUCUUCCGACUCUCUUCAACGUCACUUUGAAUACAAUCGAGAGCAUUCUUGGAUUAUUCCACCUCCUUCCAUCUAAGAAGAGGAAAAUUCAGAUACUUAAAGAGAUCAGUGGCAUUAUCAAACCAUCAAGGAUGACUUUAUUACUUGGUCCACCAAGUUCAGGGAAAACAACUUUGUUACAAGCUUUAGCUGGGAAGCUCGAUGACACUCUCCAGAUGUCUGGAAGGAUAACUUACUGCGGUCAUGAGUUUCGUGAGUUUGUUCCUCAGAAGACGUGUGCCUACAUUAGUCAGCAUGACCUUCACUUUGGAGAAAUGACGGUGAGAGAGUCGGUGGAUUUUUCUGGCAGAUGUCUAGGUGUUGGGACUCGGUACCAGCUUUUGACUGAGCUCUCAAGGAGGGAAAGAGAAGCUGGAAUUAAGCCAGACCCUGAGAUUGAUGCAUUUAUGAAAUCCAUUGCCAUAUCUGGCCAAGAAACUAGUUUGGUUACAGACUAUGUACUUAAGUUACUUGGUCUGGACAUUUGUGCUGACACACUUGUUGGAGAUGUGAUGAGACGAGGUAUCUCUGGUGGACAGCGGAAACGUCUAACAACAGGAGAGAUGUUGGUUGGACCAGCAACAGCUCUUUUCAUGGAUGAAAUAUCAACUGGGUUGGAUAGUUCCACAACAUUCCAAAUUUGCAAGUUCAUGAGGCAACUAGUUCAUAUCGCGGAUGUCACGAUGGUCAUUUCGCUUUUACAACCUGCUCCCGAGACAUUUGAGCUUUUCGACGACAUUAUCCUACUCUCAGAGGGCCAAAUUGUCUACCAGGGGCCACGAGACAACGUUCUUGAGUUCUUUGAGUACAUGGGUUUCCAAUGUCCUGAAAGGAAAGGUAUUGCAGACUUUCUGCAAGAAGUUACGUCUAAGAAGGACCAAGAACAGUAUUGGAACAGGAGAGAACAACCUUACAACUAUGUAUCGGUGCAUGAUUUUGCAAGCGGCUUCAAUUCUUUUCACACCGGGCAACAACUUGCUUCAGAAUUCAGGGUUCCUUAUGACAAAGCUAAAACUCAUCCUGCUGCACUAGUGACACAAAAGUAUGGUAUAUCAAACAAGGAUCUGUUCAAGGCAUGCUUUGAUAGAGAAUGGCUUCUUAUGAAACGUAACUCCUUUGUGUAUGUGUUCAAGACCGUCCAGAUAACCAUCAUGUCUUUGAUUGCCAUGACAGUCUAUUUUAGGACAGAAAUGCAUGUCGGCACCGUGCAAGAUGGUCAAAAGUUUUAUGGUGCUCUCUUUUUCAGCUUGAUAAAUCUAAUGUUUAAUGGAAUGGCUGAACUAGCAUUCACAGUGAUGAGGCUCCCGGUUUUCUUCAAGCAGAGGGACUUCUUGUUCUAUCCUCCAUGGGCUUUCGCCUUACCCGGUUUUCUGCUGAAGAUUCCAUUAUCUCUUAUUGAAUCAGUUAUAUGGAUCGCUCUUACAUACUACACUAUUGGUUUUGCUCCUUCUGCUGCCAGGUUCUUCCGGCAGUUGCUUGCAUACUUCUGUGUCAAUCAGAUGGCACUUUCUUUAUUUAGAUUCCUUGGAGCCCUUGGGAGAACAGAAGUCAUCGCCAACUCGGGCGGGACAUUAGCAUUGCUAGUCGUAUUUGUUCUUGGAGGCUUCAUUAUUGCUAAAGAUGACAUCCCAUCAUGGAUGACUUGGGCCUAUUAUAUAUCCCCUAUGAUGUAUGGACAGACUGCAUUAGUUAUGAAUGAAUUUCUGGAUGAGCGAUGGGGCAGUCCAAACAAUGAUACCCGCAUCAAUGCAAAAACAGUUGGAGAAGUCUUGCUGAAGAGCCGAGGCUUCUUUAUAGAACCAUAUUGGUUUUGGAUCUGUAUCGGGGCGCUACUUGGGUUUACUGUGUUGUUCAACUUCUUUUACAUAAUAGCUUUGAUGUAUUUGAACCCUCUCGGUAACACUAAAGCUACAGUUGUGGAAGAAGGUAAAGACAAACAGAAAGGUAGUCACCGUGGAACAGGUUCUGUAGUGGAACUCACUAGUACUUCAAAUCAUGGACCAAAGAGAGGAAUGGUUUUACCUUUCCAACCUCUUUCUCUUGCAUUCAACAAUGUGAACUACUACGUGGAUAUGCCUGCAGAAAUGAAGGCGCAAGGAGUUGAAGGCGAUCGCCUUCAAUUACUAAGAGAGGUUGGUGGAGCUUUCAGGCCAGGAGUAUUGACAGCGUUGGUCGGUGUCAGUGGUGCGGGUAAGACUACCUUAAUGGAUGUCUUGGCCGGUAGGAAAACAGGAGGCUACAUUGAAGGGAGUAUUAACAUAUCUGGUUACCCAAAGAACCAAGCAACAUUUGCUAGAGUCACUGGUUACUGUGAACAAAAUGAUAUCCAUUCUCCACAUGUUACCGUUUAUGAAUCCCUCAUAUACUCAGCAUGGCUUCGUCUUUCCGCCGAUAUAGAUACCAAAACACGAGAGAUGUUUGUUGAAGAAGUGAUGGAGUUGGUGGAGCUAAAACCCCUUAGAAACUCUAUAGUUGGCCUUCCUGGUGUAGAUGGUCUUUCAACAGAACAGAGGAAGAGGCUUACUAUAGCAGUUGAAUUGGUAGCUAACCCAUCAAUUAUCUUCAUGGACGAGCCAACAUCUGGUCUUGAUGCAAGAGCUGCCGCCAUUGUUAUGCGUACUGUUAGGAAUACUGUUGAUACAGGGAGAACUGUCGUUUGUACAAUUCACCAGCCUAGCAUCGACAUUUUCGAAUCCUUCGAUGAGCUAUUGUUGAUGAAACGAGGAGGCCAAGUUAUAUAUGCUGGAACUCUAGGACAUCACUCACAAAAACUCGUUGAAUACUUUGAGGCUAUUGAAGGGGUUCCAAAGAUCAAGGACGGAUACAAUCCUGCGACGUGGAUGCUUGACGUCACUACUCCUUCAAUGGAGUCACAAAUGAGCGUGGACUUUGCUCAAAUAUUCGCUAACUCCUCUCUUUAUCGGAGAAAUCAGGAACUCAUCAAAGAACUCAGUACUCCACCACCGGGAUCGAGUGAUCUCUACUUCCGAACCAAGUACGCGCAACCAUUUGCUACUCAAACCAAAGCUUGCUUCUGGAAAAUGUAUUGGUCAAACUGGAGAUAUCCUCAGUACAAUGCCAUUCGGUUUCUCAUGACAGUAGUCAUUGGUGUCUUGUUUGGUCUAAUUUUCUGGCAAACAGGAACUAAAAUAGAGAAAGAGCAAGACCUGAAUAAUUUCUUUGGAGCCAUGUAUGCUGCUGUAUUGUUCCUCGGUGCCACCAACGCUGCAACAGUUCAACCCGCUGUUGCUAUUGAGCGAACGGUUUUCUACCGCGAAAAAGCCGCUGGAAUGUACUCCGCCAUUCCCUAUGCAAUUUCUCAGGUAGCAGUAGAAAUCAUGUACAACAUUAUACAAACCGGAGUUUACACACUAAUCCUUUACUCGAUGAUCGGAUACGACUGGACUGUGGUCAAAUUCUUCUGGUUCUACUACUACAUGUUAACAAGCUUCAUCUACUUCACACUAUACGGUAUGAUGCUUGUGGCCUUGACACCAAACUAUCAAAUAGCCGGAAUCUGCAUGUCCUUCUUCCUCAGUCUCUGGAAUCUUUUCUCCGGUUUCCUCAUCCCUAGACCGCAAAUACCAAUAUGGUGGAGAUGGUACUACUGGGCAUCACCUGUGGCUUGGACAUUGUAUGGAAUCAUCACAUCUCAAGUAGGAGACAAAGAUUCGAUAGUGCACAUCACUGGUGUUGGUGACAUGAGUCUCAAAACGUUGCUCAAAACUGGAUUCGGGUUCGAAUAUGACUUCUUACCAGUUGUAGCUGCUGUCCACAUCGCCUGGAUCUUGGUCUUUCUCUUUGUCUUUGCUUAUGGCGUACGUUUCCCUCAUCUUCCAUCGAUUAAGAAGAACUCGUCUCUUCCCAGUUUCAAUGAAGAUCUCAGGAGAACCAACGCUGUUUCAUUCUCUUUGAGGAAGGACUCUCGUUCUUCUGGGAAGGUUUUUGCUCGGAAGACAUCGUAUGAUUCUGAUUCGUCUUCGUUAGCUACCACUGCAUCUGAGAAGCUACGUGGCCAUCAGAGUGAUAGCUCUUCAUCUUCCACUGAUCAAGUGCUCGGCGAUGUAGACGCUCAGAAAACUGAAGAAGCCCAGGAGACUGAGAAACUAGAUCAAACUUCUGCACUCUCAACAUCUGGAAGCAAAAGUUAUAAAGAAGAUAUUGCAGAGAUGUCACAGUCUGUCGACCAAGAAGUUGGGCAGAGGAAGAUUCCACCUCCUGGAGAUGGGAAGAAAAUAUAUGACAUUGAUCCUAUGUUGAACAGUCAUCGUAGUCAUCUUGAUUACCGAUAUGGGCAGUACAGAAAACUGCGUGAAGAAAUCGACAAGUAUGAAGGUGGUUUGGAGGCAUUUUCUCGUGGUUAUGAAAUAUUUGGCUUCACUCGAAGCGCCACUGGUAUCACUUACCGGGAAUGGGCACCAGGAGCUAAGGCAGCAUCACUGAUCGGAGAUUUCAAUAACUGGAAUGCAAAAGCUGAUGUAAUGGCUCGGAACGACUUUGGUGUGUGGGAAAUAUUUCUGCCAAAUAAUGCUGAUGGCUCGCCAGCAAUUCCCCAUGGCUCCCGUGUGAAGAUUCGCAUGGAUACCCCAUCUGGUAUUAAAGACUCCAUUCCAGCUUGGAUCAAGUAUUCUGUCCAGCCACCAGGCGAGAUCCCAUACAAUGGAGUAUAUUAUGACCCUGCUGAGGAGGAUAAAUAUGUGUUCAAACAUCCUCGUCCAAGGAAACCCACAUCACUGCGUAUAUAUGAAUCACAUGUUGGAAUGAGUAGUACGGAACCAAAGAUAAAUACAUAUGCCAACUUUAGAGAUGAUGUACUUCCCCGUAUAAAAAGGCUGGGCUAUAAUGCUGUUCAGAUAAUGGCCAUUCAAGAGCAUGCCUACUAUGCCAGCUUUGGGUAUCAUGUCACAAAUUUUUUCGCACCUAGCAGCCGCUUUGGAACACCUGAUGACCUUAAAUCUUUGAUAGACAAAGCUCAUGAGCUAGGCCUGGUUGUUCUGAUGGAUAUUGUGCACAGCCAUGCAUCAAAAAACACACUGGAUGGCCUGGACAUGUUUGAUGGCACUGAUGGUCAAUAUUUCCACUCUGGAUCGCGGGGUUAUCAUUGGAUGUGGGAUUCUCGUCUUUUCAAUUACGGAAGCUGGGAAGUGCUCAGGUAUCUUCUUUCCAACGCGAGAUGGUGGUUGGAGGAAUACAAGUUUGAUGGGUUCAGAUUUGAUGGUGUGACUUCCAUGAUGUACACUCAUCAUGGACUGCAGGUCGAAUUUACUGGGAAUUACAAUGAGUACUUUGGAUAUUCUACUGAUGUUGACGCUGUGGUCUAUCUAAUGCUGGUGAACGAUUUGAUUCAUGGGCUAUACCCUGAGGCUAUUGUUGUCGGCGAAGAUGUUAGCGGGAUGCCAGCUUUUUGCAUUCCUGUCAAAGAUGGUGGUGUGGGCUUUGACUACCGUCUACACAUGGCAGUGGCAGAUAAAUGGAUUGAGCUUCUCAAGAAGAGAGACGAGGACUGGCAGGUUGGUGAUAUAACUUUCACACUUACCAACAGGAGGUGGGGAGAAAAAUGUGUCGUCUAUGCGGAGAGUCAUGAUCAAGCCCUUGUUGGAGACAAAACGAUAGCUUUCUGGCUAAUGGACAAGGACAUGUAUGAUUUCAUGGCGGUUGAUAGACAGGCCACUCCGCGUGUAGACCGUGGGAUUGCUUUACACAAAAUGAUCCGUCUCAUUACGAUGGGAUUGGGUGGAGAAGGAUACCUCAAUUUCAUGGGAAACGAAUUUGGACACCCAGAAUGGAUCGACUUCCCAAGGACUGACCAGCACCUUCCUGAUGGGAGAGUCAUCCCUGGGAAUAAUGGUAGUUAUGAUAAAUGCCGACGUAGGUUUGAUCUGGGGGAUGCAGAAUAUCUUAGAUACCAUGGACUACAAGAGUUUGAUCGAGCAAUGCAAAAUCUAGAGGAGACGUAUGGUUUCAUGACUUCAGAGCACCAGUACAUAUCCCGCAAGGAUGAAGGAGACAAAGUCAUUGUAUUCGAGAGAGGUAACUUGCUCUUCGUCUUCAACUUCCACUGGACCAACAGUUACUCUGAUUACCGUAUCGGUUGCUCUGUUCCCGGAAAGUACAAAAUUGUUUUGGACUCUGAUAACACUUUAUUCGGAGGCUUCAACCGGCUAGAUGACUCCGCAGAGUUUUUCACCUCUGAUGGAAGGCACGAUGAUAGGCCUUGCUCCUUCAUGGUUUAUGCGCCGUGCAGAACCGCUGUAGUGUACGCUGCAGUAGAUGAUGAUUAUGAACGUUCUUCUCUUGUCCCCAUAAGCCUGUUACCUGAAGAUGUUUAGGAGCAAGACAAGGAUGUCCAAGUUACCUAGUGUAAGCUUCUUUGUACUACAAAGAUUUACUCUUUGAUCUUCUUCUCUGUCUUCGCUUGCAGCAUCAUUAUAAUUUAAAAAUGAAAUAAAAAUCGUUGCACUUC